AUGUCAAAUAACUUGGCUCUUAUAUCUUCCGCCAUUAGUGCUAUUUCUGGGUUAAAAGUUAUUACAAGUGACAAUCUCACCGACAAGAUUCCUAAAGAUGAUACAUUAGACCCGGAUAACUUUUGUCAAUUCUUAGUUAGUGGCCCUGUAAACACAGCCAUCCCCGAUACACAACAGUUCGAUAUAAAAAGCUUCCACCAAUCUUACUUGGUUGGUGGCCUUGUUGGAGCAGCCCCUUUAGCCACUAAGAAGAAGCCCAUCUCAGACGUCAAAAGUUUCCAGCUGUCUAUCACAACUUUAACCAACGGAAUAAUAACCGUGCGAGUUAGACGUACCACGAAAGUUAGAGAAUUAAAAAAAAGUAUUCAUAUAAAAGAAAGUAUUCUGCCUGACCAACAACAAUUGACCUUUGACGGUAAACAAUUGGAAGAUGAAAAAGCCCUCGGUGAUUACGACAUUCAAGAAAAGUCAAUUUUACAUUUGACUUUUAAGGGUAAAUUUUAUCCCCAAUAUGCCCUUAUUUCUCAUGAGUUUCUUGAUCCCAGGUAUAAUUAUGAUUUUACAAAUGCUAAUGACGAUGGCCGAAAAUUUAUGCGUGGACAAUACGAAUACAAACGUCCAUUGGGUUGGAAUCGCAUUGCCCUCAAGGUUCUGGAUAAAUAUGAAAAUAAUCACUGGCUCGGAGUUGGUUCCUCCCGGCGAACUCAUUCCACUAGCGCGUGUGUAAAUGAAUGGCCGGUAUCUUAUCAUGGCACAGAGAAACAUAAUUUUAAUUCAAUUUCAGAUCAAGGAUAUUUGUUAAGUAAAGGAAAGAGAUUUGCAUUUGGUUAUGGAAUUUAUUCAACACCUGAUAUUAAAAUUGCGGCAAGGUACGCAAAGGAGUUCACACACGAGGAAGAGAAAUAUAAGAUGGUUUUUCAGAACAGAGUUAAUCCGGAAAAUUUGAUACGAAUAUCGGCUGUUAAGACGAGGUUUGGGGGAGAAUUUUGGAUUUCACCGAGUGGAGAGGAUAUAAGACCAUACGGAAUUUGUAUUAAGAAAGUCUAA